AUGCCUGGAUCCAAUGAGCAGGAUACCAUUCGGAUCCUGGUGGCGACGGAUAACCAUGUCGGAUUCGAGGAGCGGGAUGCCAUCCGUAAAGACGACAGCUGGCGUACAUUUGACGAGAUAAUGACACUAGCCCGCACCGAAGACGUGGACAUGGUUCUUUUGGCUGGAGACUUGUUUCACGACAACAAACCCUCGCGAAAAUCGCUUUACCAGGUCAUGCGCACGCUCCGACAAAAUUGCCUCGGCAUGAAGCCUUGUCCGCUCGAAUUCCUCUCCGACGCCGCGACCGUUUUCGAAGGCGCAUUCCCCCACGUCAAUUACGAAGACCCCGACAUCAACAUUUCGAUUCCAGUGUUUUCUAUACAUGGCAACCACGACGAUCCCUCUGGAGACGGCAACCUGUGUUCGCUCGAUCUCUUGCAAGCUUGUGGACUGCUCAACUACUACGGCCGAGUAGCAGAAGCUGACAAUAUUGAAGCACGGCCGAUCCUGCUGCAAAAAGGAGAGACUAAACUGGCGCUCUUUGGCUUGAGUAACGUUCGUGACGAGCGUAUGUUCCGCACAUUUCGAGACCAUAAAGUUAAAUGGUUCAAGCCGAGUGCCGACACCGGAGACUGGUUCAAUCUACUGGCUGUGCAUCAAAAUCACCAUGCCCACACAGCAACUUCAUAUCUGCCGGAAAAUGUGCUGCCGGAUUGGAUGAAUUUGAUCGUAUGGGGGCAUGAGCACGAAUGUUUGAUCGAUCCCACACAGAACCCAGAGACUGGCUUCCAUGUCAUGCAGCCCGGCUCUUCAGUAGCGACAUCACUAGUACCAGGUGAGGCCGUUCAAAAGCACGUCGCUAUCGUCAGUGUCACUGGAAAGGAGUUCAAGAUGGAAAAGAUUCCACUGAAAACAGUUCGGCCUUUUGUCACGAGAGAAAUCAUCCUGAAUCAGGAUAAGCGAUUCAAGGGGUUGGACAAGAAGAAGGAUAACCGCCAAGAGGUUACGCGCAGACUCAUGGAAGUAGUAGAAGAAAUGAUUGAAGAGGCAAACACCGAGUGGGAAAGCAUUCAGACAGACCAAGAAGCUUUGGAGGAGCGGCCACUGCCAUUGAUUCGUCUCAAGGUCGAGUAUACCGCGCCAGAGGGCGGCCUGUUUGAAUGCGAAAACCCGCAGCGAUUCUCCAACAGGUUUGUGGGCAAGGUGGCGAAUACCAAUGAUGUGGUGUACUUUUACCGCAAAAAGACAGUUCAGCGAAAGACAACAGCUGUUGCCCCCACGGAAGUUCUGGACAAUCUGGAAGACGGCGGUGACAUGGUCAAGGUUGACUCGUUGGUCCAAGACUUUCUCUCUGCACAAUCACUCAAAGUUCUUCCUCAAGGGCCGUUUGGCGAGGCUGUAAACCAGUUCGUCGCCAAGGAUGACAAGCAUGCUAUGGAGCUCUUUGUUUCUGAACACUUGACGGGUCAAGUGAAGCAGAUGCUCGGGCUAGAAUCUGACGACGAAGAUCUAAACAGUGCCAUGGAGAUUUACAGGACCAGAGUGGAACAGCAACUUGAAAGCGGUGUCAAGCCGACACAUGCGGAGCGGCGUCGCGUGCUCAAACCUAAACCUGUGACGUGGGACAGCGAUUUCGACGGUGUCUGGGAAGACUCGGCCGACGCAUGGACAUAUGAGCCUGUCAGCGAGGGUAGCUUCCUCGCCGGCUCUGCGCCAUCUCGGGUAGCCGACUCGGUUCUCGAGGAAGACGCAGCGCCCGCGAAAUCAACCCGACGCGCAACGGCACCGAAAAAGGCCCCGGCGAAGAAGGCGCCUGCAAAAAAGGCCGCGACCACGAGAGGCCGCGGCCGCAAGGCGCCUGUGGAGGAGGAAGAGGAAGAGGAAGACGUGCUGAUGGAGUCGGAUGAAGAGCCAGAGCCCGCGCCGCCGCCGAAGCGAGCCGUUCGAGCGGCCCCGGCAAAGAAGGCCGCCGCAGCACCAAAGAAGACGGCCGCAACGAGGACGUCAACAAGGGCCCGGCAGGGAACGCAGACGACGUUGAGCUUUUCUCAAAAGUCGGGCACUCAAACCAAGGGCAUUGAGAUUAGCGACGAUGAGAUUUCAGACGACGAUGCGUUUGAGCCUGCGCCUGCAGCAUCGACGAGGUCCAAAAGGCGAUGA